AUGAAUGACAGUGGUUGCAUUCACUUAAGUAAUUUUAAGGCUGCAAAGGGAACAAAUCCAUAUAAAAUUGUACACGCAUUUUUUGUUUCGUGCACUUCGUUUGAAGCAAGAAGAUACAAGGCUACAUCAUGUCUGUGCUUCACUUGUGGUCAGCCUGGACCACGCAUGCAUUCCUGUCUCCACUGCAUAUUUUUUGCAUGUUAUGCUGGACAUAUUCAAGACCAUUCAAAGUCAAAAAAACAUUUCCUCUAUGUGGACCUAAGCUAUGGAAAUAUAUUCUGUGCACAGUGUCAGGAUUAUAUUUACGAUAGAGAAUUAACUGAGAUUGCUAUGACACAUCGGUUAAAAGAAGCUAAGUCAUUAGGAAUCAAUGUGCCAUUUACACCAUGGAUGCCGAACAAUAACGAAGCAAUGGCACUACGCCGCCUUCGUAAACGAAGACUCAUCAGCCCACAUACAACAAUUGGUUUACGAGGUCUACAGAAUCUUGGGUCCACUUGCUUCAUGAAUUGCAUUGUGCAGGCACUUAUUCAUACGCCGUUACUGAGGGAUUACUUUUUGGGUGAAAAACACAAGUGCAAGGCGCAGGGCACCGGAAAAUGUCUCGUUUGCGAAGUUUCGAAAUUGUUCCAGGAGUUCUAUUCUGGCGCUAAAACCCCUCUCACGCUGCAUCGGCUGCUGCACUUGAUCUGGACACACGCGCGCCAUCUAGCCGGCUAUGAACAGCAGGAUGCACAUGAAUUUUUCAUCGCUACACUUGACGUACUCCACAGGCACUGCAUGAACGGCGUAGACGUCACGGAGAAGAAAGAGAACGGCCGCUGCAACUGCAUCAUCGAUCAGAUAUUCACAGGCGGCCUGCAAAGUGACGUGGUUUGUACUUCGUGCUCGGGCGUAUCCACCACGAUAGACCCGUUCUGGGACAUAAGCCUGGACGUGGCGGGUCCCGGGUCUCUCCAGGCUUGUUUGGAGCGCUUCACUCGAGCCGAGCACCUGGGCUCCGGGGCCAAGAUCAAGUGCUCCAACUGUCGAGCGUAUCGCGAAUCCACAAAACAGCUGACCCUGGAGACGCUGCCUAUCGUCGCCAGUUUCCACCUCAAGCGCUUCGAGCACUCGUCGCAAAUCGACAGGAAGAUCUCCGCUUUUAUAUCAUUCCCCGCCGAGCUGGAUAUGACGCCGUUCAUGUCCUCACAUCGCCGCGCUGUGGAUGUGGGGGCGGAUAACAACAACGCCCCUGAAGGCAUCUUCGAAGACAAUCGUUACUCCCUGUUCGCUGUCGUGAAUCACUUGGGUUCGCUGGACGCCGGGCAUUACACAGCUUACGUGCGGCAGAUGAAGGGCAGCUGGUUCAAAUGCGACGACCACAUGAUCACCAGGGCGUCACUGCGCGAGGUUCUAGAUAGCGAAGGGUAUCUCCUCUUCUACCACAAGACUGUUCUGGAGUAUGACUGUGAUGUCUCUUAG